GUGGCGCAGUGGGCGCACGCGGCCGGCAGGCAGGCGGGCCUUGCGGGCCUGUUUCAACAUGCGGCCGUUAAGCUGGCAGGUGGUGGCUGCGGCUGCCGCAGGCUUCGCGCUGGCCCUGGAGGCGCUGCCCGCCGUGCUGCGCUGGCUGCGGGCCGGGCGGCGGCGGCCACAGCGUGAAGUGCUGUUUUUCCCGUCGCAGGUGACCUGCACUGAGGCCCUGAUGCAAGCUCCAGGCGCCACGCUCUCGGGCUGCCCGUGCAGCCUGCCCCACUGCGAGAGCUCACUGAGCCGCCUGCUGCGCGCCCUGCUAGCUGCCCGCGCCAGCCUCGAGCUCUGCCUGUUUGCCUUCUCCAGCCCGCAGCUGGGCCGCGCCGUGCAGUUGCUGCACCAGCGCGGGGUGCGUGUCCGCGUCGUCACUGACUGCGACUACAUGGCCCUCAACGGCUCACAGAUCGGCCUGCUCCGCAAGGCAGGUAUCCAGGUGCGGCACGACCAGGACCUGGGCUACAUGCACCAUAAGUUUGCGAUCGUGGACAAGAAGGUGUUGAUCACGGGCUCCCUCAACUGGACCACUCAGGCCAUUCAGAACAACAGGGAGAACGUGCUCAUCCUGGAGGACGAGGAGUACGUGAGGCUCUUUCUGGAAGAAUUUGAGCGUAUUUGGGAGGAGUUUAACCCUACGAAGUACACUUUUUUCCCGAAGAAGAGUCGGCGCUGAAGCGUCUGUCCUUCUGCAUUGGGGCGGGGCCCUCGGGGCGUCCAGGACGCGGGGCAGGUGCGUGUCCGCUCGGGCCGCAAGGUGGGUCCGACUGCGGAGGCGGGUGCAGUCGUGGUCACCCACGCGGUGGGGCGUGAAAAGGAGCCAGGCCUGGGUCGGGAGUGUGGCCGCCCUACAGCCCCCGCAGCCUGCGGUCACCGCUCCCUGGGGGCUUCCAGCGGGUCCGAGUCCGGAUUCCUCUGUCGGACAGACGCUGAAGGCCCCACCUGCUGUCGGGGCGCCGUCUGCGGGGCGGGACUGGCAGCGGCCGGGAGCGGCUUCUGUUCCCACAUGUUAUGGUUUUAAUUUUGAACAUUGUCACGCUCAGCGGAGCUCGGUUGUGUGUUCAGGACCUACCUUCCUGUGGACACCUGGGGACCCUGCUCUUCGGGGGUUUGGGCCCAGGGUGGGCAUCGCAGUUACCAGCAUCUGAGGAGGGUCUGGGUCGCAGAUCUGUGCUGGGUUCCAGCCCAGGUUUCUGUUCGCAGGAAAUGGAGAGCAAGUAUCUUCCAUCCGUCUUUGAAGGGUCCAGGUUGCUUUCUCCGUAACCUGUAUCUUUACACAGAGGUGGCUUAGGUAGCACGUGAGCACGUUUCAUCUUGUCACCUCUGUAUGUGUGGUGCCCGUUGUCCCCAGGUCUGGUGGCCGCGUCCCUGGGCCUCUUCCUCCCUGUCCGGCUCACACAGCCACUUGCAGAGGCUACUCUGUUGCGAGUUUUUCUCCUUUUAAAGUUACCUUUAACUUAGGCUGUUAGACAAGUAAACUCAUGGUUAAUUCUUAUUAUUUAAAUAAAGCUGUAGCGUGUGACACGUGGAUUGGAAACGAGAAAUGGUCUUAUGUUAAACUCGUUUUUCACAAGCCUGUGCUGCAGCCCGUAUGCUCUGAGAGGAAGGGAGGCCCUAGCCGUGUCCCAAGUGAUGCCCACACGUUUGAAUAAACACAUUGUCCUUCUGGACCCGUUGGUGUUGUCUCUGCCUUUUAUUCUUUCCAA